AUGAUCUGCUACAAAAGCAAUUUCUUUUCGAUCCAAAAAUACAAAAUUUUUAUGUUAAAAGAUGAGAUUCAAUUAUCCAACGUAUAUUUAUAGUUUAUUUAGGAUUAACAUUCAUUUGUAAUUUAACUUAAUUCAUUUGAACCAAAAAUCAUGUGGAUUUAAAAUGAUAAUUCUGAAAUCAUUUCAUUUGAGUUGUUCCUUAAUAAAAAAAAGUCUAUUUAUAAAUUUGCUCCUAAUAUUGGAAACCUAUUGAAAGAGUUCUUGAAUGGAAAAGUAUGUUUUUAAGGAAUAAAUAAUCAUUACAAAAUAGCCUAAUAUAUUUAGAAAAGAAAUUAUGGUUCUGUAUAUUAUUGUUUUUAUAUUUUUAUAGUUAGUUCGUAUGAGGAGUAUUUAUAAUGAAGAGUUAGUAACCUGUAAAAUUUUGAAAUAAGGAAAAGUUGAAUUUGAGAAAGUAUACUUUAUAUCUAUUUUAGGAAUUUCGAAAUGAAGUAGUAGCACUUUAAUUUUUAAAGCAUAAAUUUAUUCCAAAAUUAAAAGAAUAUUAUAUCGAAUCAAACCAUAAUUAUAUAAUAUAUGAAUUCAUAGAAGGAGCUUCUUUAGAUAAAUAUAUUAAGAAAAAUAUAUUGAAUACAGAUUAAAUUUUAAAAAUAAUGAAAGUAUAAAUUUAAAUUUUAUUAUAGGAUUUAUUAUAAGUAGUAUAAUAUUUACAUAAUGAAGGAUUUAAUCAUCAAAAUAUUAAAUUAGAGAAUAUUUUUUAUUGUUCAAUGAUGGAUCAAAUUACUUUAAUAGAUUUUGGAUAAUAAAAGUCAAAUGAUAUUACUAGUUAAAGACAUAUUAAAUCAAUAAAAACUUUAUUUACUUAAGAUUAUACAGAAAUGAAUUUAUUUACUAAUGGAGGAUUCUCAUUCGAAAAAGAUUUUCUUGAUUGUGGAUUGGUUUUUUAUUAAUUGUAAAUAUUUAUAAUUUAAUUAUAGGAUUACUUAAUAAAUAUUGAAUAAUUAAGAAAUUAUUAAUUUUUAUGAAAAUAAAAGAUUUCAUCAUCUUGUUAAUGAGAUAAAUAAUUAGAAAAUUUCUAAAUUUAUCUCUAAACUUUUCAACUAUAGUAAUUUAUAAAAUUAAAAUGAAAUACAUUUCAUUUAAGAUAUUGAUGAAAUUAUCUCUUUUAAUAGAGACAUAAUACUUUGA